UAAGACAUCGAAUAUUGACACAUAAUAGACAUUCACCAAUAAAUGCAUCAGAUAAACGUCAUCCGAGAUCAACGCUUCAAAAAGCAUUACAAUAUAGUUUGCAAGAAACAAAUCUUCCAAACAAAAACAUUCAUAAAGUGCAUGAAUCUGAUAUAUUAACACGUACUGAGAGUGAUGAUUCAAUACGUCAUCAAAAUUAUGUCCCAGAAUUUCUGAAUAGGAUUAACAGAGUCAAUCUGCAGCGAUUACCGUACAGUUAUUCAACUGGAUGUAUAGGUCGUGCUCAAAGAAAUAGCUUACUUACACAUUCAAAGCGACUAUCUGAUGCUCCAUUUUUGAUGCCGAAUUUACAAUGGCAACAGGAGUCUACAACGAGAAAUAAUUUCACAAAUAUACUCGAACCAAAAUAUUUUAUUGCAGAAGAAGAAAAUGAAGCCAUACUUGCCAAAGAAUUACAAGAAGCUAAAAUUCAAAGUUCAAAUAACAGUUGUAGUUCAAUACAUAGUAGUCAUCCAAAAAUGUUACAUUUCGAUCCACAUGCGCACUUACCAAAUGUAGAUAGUAAAUUAUCUGCAAUAGACGGAUUAGUUCUACAUUCCAAAUCUUUAUCAUCAUUAUCCAGUUUAUUAUCAUUUCCGUCUACAAAACAAUUACAAAAAUGUUUGUCACAAACAAUAUCUUUACGAUAUACAACUGGCAUAGUGUACGAUGAUGACUCUCUCGACCAUGAGUGUUACUGUAAAAGAACAGAUAUACAUUUGGAAAAUCCGAGACGUUUGCUUGUUAUUCAUGAACAAUUACGUAAUUCAAAUUUACUAGAAGAUUGUGAAAUCAUUCAUGGACGAUUCGCUACAAUAGACAUGCUUACAGAUGGUUACGACCAAAUUCCAGCACAACAAUUAGCAGUCAUAACCGAAGAACGUCGAAAAAAUAUUAUUCAAUUGCCAUGCGGUGGAUUUGGAAUCAAGGACGAUACAGAUACAGUCUGGAAUGACGAAUACACGAUUCGAGCGUGUCUACUGGCUGUAGGAAAUACAAUUGAAUUAGCAAAACUUGUUUGGGAUGGAAAAUUAAAGAAUGGUUUUAGUUUAGUUCGUCCGCCUGGUCAUCAUGCAACUGAUAAACCACUAGGAUUUUGUUACUUCAAUAAUGUGGCUAUAACAGCAAAAUGGUUGAAAAAACAUCGAAAUUUGCAACGAAUCGCCAUUGUUGAUUGGGAUAUUCAUCACGGAAAUGGUACACAAAAUCUAACAUAUGAAGACCCAAAUAUUCUCUAUAUUUCUUUACAUCGUUUUGAUAAUGGAACAUUUUUUCCCGGAGGUGGAAACGUUGACGAAUGUGGUUUUAACGACGGAGUUGGCAAAAAUGUGAAUAUACCAUGGAAUGGCGAACUAGAACCACCGAUGUCUGAUGUAGAAUAUUUGGCAGCGUUUCGAAGUGUAAUAAUGCCUAUUCUUGAAGACUUUCGUCCACAAAUCAUUUUAGUAUCGUGUGGAUUUGAUGGAGCGGUUGGUCAUCCACAUCCGUUAGGUGGUUACGAAUUAACGCCCAUGUGUUUUGCAUAUAUGACAAAAAAGCUGAUGAGUUUAGCUGAUGGAAAAGUUAUUCUCGUACUUGAAGGAGGAUAUGAAUUAAGUUCAUUAGCCGAAUGUGGAAAAUUAUGUGUAGAAGCUUUGUUAAGCAAAGAUUUGCCAACAUUUGAUAUUGAAACAUUGAGAGCAAAACCAAAUUCAAAUGCUAUUAAAACAUUAAAAGAAGUUAUUCAUGUACAAAAAAAAUAUUGGCCUACGUUAAAACUACUAGAACCGUUAAUCUCAUUAUCUCAUGAUGAAGCAAUAUCAAUAAAAAUCUCAUCAUAUUAUUCUAAUAAUUCUAACUAA